AUGAGUCGUGCCAGACGUCAAGCUCUGGGUGCCUUCUUUGCAGUCAUUCUUUUGUUGCUGACAUACCGUCGCUACCACCCAACUGAUGGACAAGGACAUAUUACCAAGCCAACAUCAGUCCCGAUAUUCACACAGCAGCAAGAGAGUAACCAAAACUCCAUCGCCGGUCCUCAGUCGCAAUUCCUAUGGAGUCACAUGCCCUUGCGAUACCCCGUCGUCGAGAUCAAGCAAGUUCCCACAGAGUCUCGAAACCUACCAAAGGUUCAAUCAAUCCACUCGGAAACCUCUCACUCGCAGCCUUCGACCCAACAAGCCCGGCGAUUGGUCAUCAAAAAGACGUUUGAACGGUCUUGGAGGUCUUAUCAGUCUCUUGCCUGGGCCGCAGAUGGAAUUGCACCUGUUAGUGGUACUCCCAUAAACGGAGGAGGCUGGAGUUUGAAGCUCCUGGAAACUCUCGAUACCCUUUGGAUUAUGGAAAUGUACGAAGACUUCGAGCUAGCCGUGGCUGCAGUGAUGCAGGUCAAUUUUGAAGUUACUCCUUCACCCGAAAUCAAUACCCAUGACACCAGCAUACGCCUACUUGGGGGCUUGUUGGCCGCGUAUGAUCUCAGUAAUGAUGGAAGAUUACUGACAAAAUGUGUUGAGCUGGGUGAUAUGCUUUACUCUGCGUUUGAUACCCCGAAUCGAAUGCCGAUAAUCCAUUGGGACCUGCACAAGGCUUCUCGGCACGAAGAGCAAUUGGCAGAAGAGAAUAUCCUCACCGCAGAGCUGGGAUCCUUUACCCUUGAAUUCACAAGACUGUCACAGACCACCGGGGACUCGAAGUACUUUGAUGCUGCACAACGAGUCAUGGAGUUACUUGAUCGUCAGCAGGGAUCCACCAAGCUUCCGGGUCUUUGGCCUGUCUUUAUGAACCCCAGAGCAGAGCUUUUUGAGGGCGAUGAAUUCACGCUGGGGGCCGAGGGAAAUUAUUUGUAUAAGAUAUUACCACGAGCCCACGCGUUGACCGGUGGCCAUAUACCGAUUUAUCGCAGAAUGUAUGAGAGGGUUACCUUCGCAGCGGCAGGGCAUAAUCUCUUCCAAGCGAUGAAUCCCAAUUCAGAGCACUUCCUCCUUCCAGGAAGUGUUCGUGUUAUCAUGACACAGAAUGGCAAGCCUCGAACGCAUUCUUUAUCGGAAGUACACCAUCGAUCCUGUUUUACGGGUGGUCUGUUUGCAUUUGGAGGAGCUCUGUUCAACAUCCCAGCCCACAAAAGAAUUGCACACAACUUGGUCGAUGGGUGUAUCUGGGCUCACCAUUCUAUGCUACAUGGAAUUAUGCCAGAGGUCCUAGAAACAGUGCCAUGCGCGUCUCAGAAACAUUGCCCCUGGAACGAGUGGCACUGGAAGCAGGAGGCCUGGAAGAAAGUGAACGGUCUGAAACUCGGGAGUGAUUCGGAUUUCAACAUCGAUACGUUUAUCAAAGAUCAUAAUUUGCCUAAAGGGUUUAUCGGCAUACCGGACGCGACGUCCAAGUUGCGACCGGAUGUUAUUGAGAGCAUGUUUGUUCUUUAUCGCACAACUGGACGCGAAGAUCUUCUCGACAAGGCCUGGGAUUUGUUUCAAUCGUUCAACAAUGCUUCCAAGACGAAUCAUGGCAACGCAGCUGUUAUUGAUGUCACUUGCGAGGGAAGUAAGCCAAUACUCAGUGACACAAUCGAGAAUUUCUGGAUGUCGGAGACACUGAAGUUUUUUUAUCUUAUUUUCAGUUCUUCUGAUCUGAUUAACUUAGACGAAUUUGUUUUCAGCGCCGGGGGUCAUCCUCUGAGGCGACCUAGCUCAUCGGGAUGA